UUGAGCUGCUUUCGUUUGUGUUAGACGUUCAACUAAUAGUUAGUUUCGUCUGUGCGAAGUAAUCUACUCACAGACGUAAAUAUUAUACAUCUACAAUUAUUCAAUUUAUAUCAUUUUAAAUUUGAUAUCUCAUACUAUUUCCUUCUUCAUAAAUCGGCUCAGAAAUAUUUUCUGCCAGAGAAUCGGUUCGGUAUUUACUUUCGCUAAUGUCGACAUUGCGUUCGCCCUUAAGGAAUCGAUAAAGUCAAGAUGUCACUGUCACGAAACCUUGUUACUGUGAUAAAUCUGGGUCGCAUGGGUUUCUUAGCAGCUGCUGAUCUUCAGAAAAGGUACGCCCGAGAGCAUUUGGAUUUCCUUGCUGGCAAACCUGGUGCUAUUUCUCGUAAUGUUAUCCUAUUAGUUGAACAUGACCCAGUUUACACAACAGGAUUUAGGACUAAAACAUAUACCGAAGAGGAAGCCCAGAGAUUGAAAUCACUUGGUGCCGAUUUCUAUCGCACCAAUCGAGGUGGCAUGAUUACAUUCCAUGGUCCAGGCCAACUGGUGGCUUAUCCAAUACUUAACCUUUUGCAAUUCCGUCCAAGUGUUAAAUGGUAUGUGAGCAGUUUAGAAGCAACUAUAAUCAAGACCUGUGCUAACUGGGGCAUAGCUGCCAAGACAACUGUGGAUACAGGUGUUUGGGUAGAAGAUCGAAAAAUAGGAGCAAUUGGAAUUCAUACUCGCCGUUAUGUUACAACACACGGAAUCUCUUUGAAUUGUAAUCCAGAGCUGUCUUGGUUUAAAUUCAUUGUUCCUUGUGAACUAAAAGGAAAAUCAGUUACAUCCAUAUCAAAAGAAACAAAUAGAGAAGUCUCCAUCAAAGACGUGACAAAAUCGUUUUUGGAAAGUUUCUCAGAAGUAUUUAACUGUAGCAUUGAAACGUCGAUGCUUGAGCAGCACGAACACAUAUUCAUUCCUCAUCAAACCACAUUUUCCAGCCAAAAUGCAUCAGCAACUACAACCCCAACUCCAGCAACUUCUACAGAAUUUGCUAGCAAAACUAUAGUUCCACCUGAGACUCUCUACCGUUUACCAUCUAAAGAGAAAGAAACUCCUGUAGACAGACAAAUACCAAUGUGGUGAGCAUCAAAUGGUAUGGAGUUUGGUAUUGGAGAGAAUUGUACAUAUAUAUUCCUUUAAUUUUGUCUUGCACCACUCAGUUUUCAAUUUAUUUACAGUGUUUUAAAAAAGGGUAUUUUUUGUAUAUUUUAUUUUUACAUUAUUAUUUUUCCUAAUACAGAACUAUAAAAUGCAAAAUGUACAAAAAC